AUGAACGAAUCACAGAAAAUCAAACAAUUGGAUAGGAUGGUCAAGUUCAUAGAGUUCGAAGCAGAUGAAAUUGUACAAAAUAUUGAAACUCAAUCAGAAAAUGAAUAUCAUAUGAAAAAGAACGAGAUGAUACUCAAGAGAAAAAUGGAAAUUAAUCAAUUGUAUAACAAAAAGACAAAUCUUAUUAAUAGGACAACUGCGACAAUGAUUACCGACCAAAUGACCAGUGCCAAGUUGGAAAUAUUGAGUACCAGAGACAAAUACAUUAAAUCUGUGUUGGCCGAUGUUAACAAAGAGCUGUUAAAAAUGCGUAAACAUAAAGCAUGUUUAUGUGACUAUCGAGAAAUUCUUAAAAAGUUAAUACUACAGGCAAUGUAUCAAAUUGUAGAACAAGAAGUAUUCUUAAUACUGGUAUCAGAAGAUGUGGAAUAUGUGACCUCAAUGAUCCCCGAAUUAAAACAAAUCUAUUUAGCCAACACUGGAAUAAAUGUCAAAAUAAAUAUUGAUAAAAGUAUUAAAUUACCAACUCAAGAAAUAGGAGGCGUUGUGGUCACAGCCAAAGAUCAAAGGGUACUUGUUGAAAAUACACUUGUAGUGCGAUUGCUCUAUCUCACCCAACAAGCAAUACCGAUAAUAUGCACUGGACUGUUUGGACCAAACCCCACUAGAACUUACUUAAGAGAUACAUAA